AUGUAUUCAGACUAUUUCAUGACGGCCGUCCGAACAGGUGGCCCUGGCGCGGAUGGUAUUUCCUUCCUCCUGAUCCCGCGCACCGAAGGCAUCCGGACGCGCAAAAUCGAAAUCGGCGCUGAUGGCCUCAGCGCCACCACGUAUAUCAUCUUCGAGGACGUCAGGGUCCCCGUGGAGUACCUCAUCGGCUCCGAGGGCCAAGGAUUCCGAUACGUCAUGAGCAACUUCAACCACGAACGUUUGUGGAUUGCGUUCCAGGCCCUUCGCAAUGCUCGCACCUGCUUGCAAGACGCAAUGGCGUGGGCUAUGAAGCGCGAGGCAUUUGGCAUGAAGCUAAUCGACCAGCCGGUCGUGAGGUAUAAAUUCGGCUCGAUGGCUAAGGAGGUCGAGGCGCUGCAGGCGUGGACGGAGCAGAUCGUUUACGAGUUGGAUCAUAUGAGUUAUCAGGAUGGAAAUCGGCAUUUGGGCGGUGUUACGGCGUUGUUGAAGGUGAAAGGCGGACAGAUGAACAAGUUCGUUGCGGACAACUGUGUCCAGAUUAUGGGAGGGCUUGGCCUCACAAAGACAGGGCAGGGUUCUCGUAUCGAGGCAAUUUCGCGCGGCACCCACUCAUUAAUCGUCCCUGGUGGAUCCGAAGACGUGCUCAUUGACCUGGGAGUGCGAGAGGCACUCAAGCUCUCAGCUGCUAAGGUGAAGAAAGGCGCAAAGAUUAGUAUUUAUGUGAAGGACAAAACAUACUAUGAUGUAAUAUGUUAUAUGGCUCAUGGCGUCAAACGUAGUCAUUUAUACGGCAGACUACACUACCACAACAUGAUAUUCAGAUACUAUACAUUUCCCUGGCGAUUGGGGGGAUUGGUGCUUUUUGUUGCUGCUUCACUCUUUACCUCCCACGCUACCGGGGGUCCCUCAGUCAAUGUCGCUCUACAGACCUCAUUCAAUGCUGCACCAUAUCUGGUAGAGCUUUUAGAAACCGCUGCAGAUGAGAAUUCUACCAGCUAUUUCCCCCUCCUGGAUCGCAUCUCUGAAGGAACAUUUACGGAAAUUACAACGGAAAAGGGCCUCUACGAACGAUUUAUACAACUAUUGCAGGAAGAUGGACACCUUACUCAUCCAGAGUCUAUUUCUUCCUUUAAAUUUGCGUUAUCAUUACGGUCCACUGCGCCACGGAUAGAAGCUCAUUAUCAAUAUUAUAAUACGUCGGUGGAGCCAUCGCUGAUGAUCGCGCAAGAUGCGGUUUGCACUGUAUGGGCGCAUUACGAUGGCGACCAGUAUUGUUCACCCAGUUUAGAAUAUGCGCAGCAGAGUGUGUCUUGGGAUGGGUGCUCGCCUCUCUUUGGUGGAUUUCACCACCAACUUAUGCAGCAGGCUAGGGAUGGCCAGUUCUCGUACAGAGUUCGAUAUCGGCCGGCUAGCUCUGCAACAUCGAGGCCGCUUUUCGUCAAUGGAUACGGGGUAGAGCUUGCGCUCAAACGGACUGAUUAUAUCGUGAUCGAUGACCGGGAUGCGGAGCAGAGGGUUCUGAAGGAUACAGAUACAACGAAGCCUGAAUUAGCACCAGCUGAGGAUCUGGAGAACGAGCAACCUGCUGACUUGAAACCAUUAUCUGCCUCCGAAGUUUCUACCCUUGGCGUGAAUGCUGCCAGCUUCAUUAUGAGCAGCGAUGACCCGUUCGCGACCCUGUUAAGGUUAUCGCAGGACUUCCCGAGACAUUCAUCAGCGAUUGCUGGCGCCAGCCGUACCUCAGAAUUUACUCAAGAAUUUGAACAAAAUAAAGCCAACCAUUUACAAACAGGUCGCAAUGUUAUAUGGGUCAAUGGCCUACAAAUUGAGGCUCAAACCGUCGAUACAUUUUCACUUCUCGACCAUCUCAGACGUGAGAGGAAGUUGAUAAAUGGCCUUCGGAAGUUUGGUCUAUCUGCGCGACAGGCUGUGGACCUUCUGACCAACCCAACCAUCUCCAAGAGCCUAGGAACUGACGAUUCCAUCAGAUAUGAUUAUAGAGAUGAGCUUGAAGGUGGCGGUGUGAUCGUUUGGCUGAACGACCUUGAAAAAGAUCAUCGGUACGAGGGGUGGCCGAGGGAUCUUCACUCCCUAUUCAUAAUGACGGCUCAUGGCCAACUUCCCCCAGUUCGCCGUGAUAUCCACAACGUCGUCUUCCCAGUUGAUUUGGCGUCGUCAGAGGAUGUUAGCGUAGUUUCUCAGAGUCUUCUAAGGGCCAUUAAAGCGAGGAUACCGGUUAGAUUUGGUAUUGUGCCAUUGGUCCACAAUGAAAAUGCUCAAGGGCAAGCCAAAAUUGUCCAUCACCUUCUGGAUACUUAUGGCCUUGGCGCUGUGAUGAACUACUUACAAGCUUCAUUGUCCGCAGACAAAGUUGGCUCUCCAGAUCAAGCCAGUUUCACUGCUGCGUUGGAAAACCAUGAGUUGCGGAAGGAUCGCACGCCCCUUACUUUUGAAGAUGUUUUGAGUUCGGACAAUUACGACCCGAUAAUUUCCAACACCAAGUCCUACCUUAAGCGGUUGGCAGUUGAAGGAGAUAUACUACCAUUCUUUGUGAACGGUGCUACUUUAAUGCGUGAGGGAAACUUCCUUCAAAAUAUGAUUGCAGCACUCUCUAAAGACUUGGAGCAUCUUCAACGACGUGUUUACGAAGGCGAUUUUGAAGAAGAUAUUUGGAUUCCGUCUCAUUUUCUCCAAGAAGCUCUGCAGAGCCGAAGCCCUUUACUCAUCCCCGAGAAUCCUAGUGAAAUUCAGAUCACUGACCUCAACGAAAUAUGUGCCAAUCAUCAGAAUGUUUUUGACACCAUUUUGCGGAUCCCUGCGAGUGUCGAAUCGGACGAUCCGAUGUUGGACUGGAAUAGUAUCAUUUUGAUAGCCGAUCUCGACAGUGGUGCAGGGGCUGAGCUGCUUAGUUCCCUUUUAGAACUUCACAAAAAACAUCCUGGAGUUGAAAUUUUACUGCUCCAUAAUGGUGAGAGCUCAUCGACUCCGGAAGCCCUGUCGACAAGACUCUAUAGCAUCCGGAAUGGCCGUGACCUUGACCUGGCCGUUGUCACUGCAACCCUUGCUUCUAGAAAUGAUGACUCGGCCUCAGAUUCCGCAGCUGCAUCCGCUUAUUGGAAUACUGUUCAGUUUCUGGCGAAAGAAAUUGGAUUUGGAACUAGCGAAAUUGGAAUGGUGGUAAAUAGCAGGAUUCUUGGCCCUCUGCCGUCAUCGACCAUUUUGGACACUGAAGACUUAGAAAGCUUGCUUAUGUACGAACACUCAAAGCGUAUCGGAGUACUAGCAAGGGUGGCUUCUGAGAUGGACUUGGAUAGCAACAUCCUUGAUCCCCUGAGCCUUUCGAGGAUGCAGGCCGUCCUCUCGCUGUCAGUGACCUCUGGCAUAUCAGAAAGUAUAUAUAAUUACGGCCCAAGUGCACGCACUCGUGUAUUUGAAAAAUGGAGUGGCAUUCAUACUGCCAUAUCAGUUUCAAACUCGGAUGACCCCUCAAUCAACAUUGUUGCGACAAUCGACCCAACAACAGAGGAAGCUCAACAUUGGGUUCCUAUUCUGAAAGUACUAUCCGAACUAGUUGGUGUCAGUUUGAAACUAUUUCUCAAUCCCCGGGAGGAAAUAAAAGAAUUGCCAAUUAAACGGUUUUAUCGACAUGUUCUCGACGUAGCCCCAUCCUUCAACGAGGAUGGCUCCCUGGCGAAACCGCAGGCUGUCUUCCAUGGUAUCCCUGGCGAGGCGCUACUGAAUUUAGGAAUGGACGUACCUCCGGCAUGGCUUGUAGCUCCCAAGGAAUCGAUACACGACCUCGACAACCUCAAACUGAGCACACUUAGAGCAGGCACAAAUGUUGAUGCUAUUUAUGAGCUGGAACAUAUUCUCAUAGAGGGUCACUCGCGGGAUAUCACUCAAGGAGGACCUCCAAGAGGAGUCCAACUGCUCCUAGGAACAGAGAAAAGCCCUCACUUCGCAGAUACCAUCAUUAUGGCCAAUUUGGGCUAUUUCCAAUUUAAAGCUCAGCCGGGAUGCUGGAAGAUAACAUUAAAACCGGGCCAGAGCGAACGCAUCUUCCACAUUGAUAGCGUUGGUGGGCUCGGUUCUAAACCUACUCCCGGCGACGAGAGCAACGACGUAGCCCUUCUUUCCUUCCAAGGGAAGACCCUCUUCCCGCGCAUCUCCCGCAAACCAGGUUAUGAAAAUGAAGAUGUGCUCGAUGAGGUCAAUAAACCAGCCGCAGCCGCAAAGGUCUUCCUAGCAAAAGGCUUAAACUUUGCGUCCGGAAUUUUACACCGCCUAGCCGGUCCCGCGCAAGGAAGACACGCGGACAUAAACAUUUUCUCUGUUGCCAGCGGUCACCUUUAUGAACGCAUGCUCAAUAUCAUGAUGGUCUCCGUUAUGAAGCAUACAAAACACAGCGUGAAAUUCUGGUUCAUCGAACAAUUCCUCUCCCCAUCGUUUAAAUCUUUCCUCCCCCACCUCGCCGCUGAAUACGGCUUCUCCUACGAAAUGGUCACCUACAAAUGGCCGCACUGGCUUCGCGCCCAGACGGAAAAGCAACGCAUUAUAUGGGGCUACAAGAUCCUCUUCCUGGACGUCCUCUUCCCGCUCUCGUUGGAUAAAGUCAUCUUCGUCGACGCGGACCAGAUCGUCCGCACGGACAUGUACGAGCUCGUCACGCUGGAUCUGGAAGGAGCGCCGUACGGCUUCACGCCAAUGUGCGACUCGCGGACGUCCAUGGAAGGCUUCCGCUUCUGGAAGCAAGGGUACUGGAAGAACUUCCUCCGCGGCCUCCCUUACCACAUCUCCGCGCUGUACGUGGUCGACCUGAAGCGAUUCCGGGCCAUCGCUGCCGGGGACAGGCUGCGUGGGCAGUACCAUACCCUCUCGGCCGACCCACAGAGUCUGAGCAAUCUGGACCAGGAUCUACCGAAUAACAUGCAAAGGAUGUUGCCCAUCAAGAGUCUGCCGCAGGACUGGCUGUGGUGCGAGACGUGGUGUUCGGAUGAGUCGUUGGCGACGGCGAAGACGAUUGAUUUGUGUAAUAAUCCGUUGACGAAGGAGCCGAAGUUGGACAGGGCAAGGAGGCAGGUGCAUGAGUGGACGGUUUAUGAUGAGGAGAUUGCGGCUGUGCAGAGGAGAGUGUUGGAGAAGGAGGAGAAAGAGAGGAUGGGAGCAGUGAUUGAGGGGGGUGAUGAGGAGGUGCCUCAGAAUGAAGGUGGAGAUCACGGAGAUGGAAAAAACGAGAAGCGUAAGAAGGAUGAGCUGUAA